AUGCUUAGCUUCGACUCGCUCCUUAGCAGGGAUCGACUCAAAGAUGAGGGAAGCGUCUUUCUAGUACCCUUCUCCAAUCAUGACAGUUCAGACGAAUCCGCCUAUGAGUUUGGUGCGCCUGAUGCAGAGUCUAUCCAAGACUCAGUGACUAAAAAGCGCCGCCAUGCCGUAUACUUUCCACGGCCUCCUGUUUGGUGUCCUCCACAGCAGUCAAGAACAUCGAGUCUCUCCGCAAGCAGCAGCAGCAGUUGUACAAUAGAAACGUGCAGUGGCCAUGCAGCCAAUGAUAGUGAGAUGCUCGAAGAUGCAUAUUCCUGCAUAGCUGAUGGCUGUGAAGCUACUGCUGCAUUAGCAGACAUGGUAUCUCGCACAUUAACCAACCAGUCGAAGUCUGACCAGGAGACCAUUAUUCUUCAUGAUUGGCCCGCUCGUGACAGACCGCAGGCAUGGCAACAGUUGGGUUCAGCGGGGAAAUACAUUCUGUCGGAUCGGCGAGCCUCCGUGCAACAUUGUCCGAGCCGAGUCCUUUUGCAGAGCUCCGUCUGCCACAAAGGGAAAGGCAUCCCUGCACGAUUGCAAGCAUACAAGGACAUACGUUUAGGUCUGGAUGAAAAGCGGUCCAUUCACGAAGGGUCCCUUGUGAUCUGUGUUGAUCCUGCAUAUACCCUGUCCGAUCAUGAUAAACCAUGUUCUGACGAGUUCGAUCUGGUUAGCGGAAAUAUUCUUGUUGUCUGCCGGCUGUAUUCCGAUUUAUGGGCUCUCUGCGCCGGUGCUUCACCACCUCAGUCGGAGAAAGUAUUCGGUGAGACCAUUACUACGGAGCCUAUGCGACUAGCCUUCCUGCCACUCUGCGCAGUGACGCUGGCCGCAAAUUUUAGCGCUUUCAACCAGAGAUGCAUCACUUAUGCUCGUGACAAAUCAGAGGAACCCAGGUAUCCUGGAAAUGGGCUGCCGGUUAUGCCUCCUCCACGGACUUCCAGUCUCAGCGAUGGCAAGCAGAUCUCCCGCGGAAACCGACGCCACAUUGCAUUUCCAGAAGUGGUAUAUGAUGCUUUUGACCGUAUCUCCGAAUGCAGCGAUGUCGACUUUGUGCCAGCAGACUCUUCUCUGGAGAAUGUGCUUUCUGACCUGACUGACCGAGGAAGUCGUCGACUCCAGCGCUUAGGCAACCGUAUGUCAAUCCGGAAGCUGUGGAGCGAAUCUAAAAGACCUGCUAUGGGAAACACCGAGAAUCAAUUGUCCCCUUCACCUGGUUACCCUGGGGAACCGACAGAGUUGGGUGCAAUAAAGCGUCAUUCAGACCUGCAGCGGCGCGUUUCUUUGAGAAGUCAGAGGCUGAGGAGUCCAAUUCGAGUUGCUCGAUAG